GAUCAUAGCCCACAUCCCCAACACGGUCUUCCACUAUGGCAGUGCUUCAGUUGUCCCAACGAUCAGGCAGUCUUUUGGUGCGUCCUUCUGUGGAGGGAUGUCAGCGUGCCCUUGCCACAAGCAGAAAGUGUGUAAGGUGUGAGCCCUUUCUACGCUCGUCAGGGCCCGCCCUCCGUCGCUUUGUAGCAGUCAAGGCCGCCCGGAAUGACAAGAGUGGACCAAGCUCUUCAAACGAUUUCAACCUCGCGGAGUAUGUUGAAGCCAAGGUCGAGAUUGUGCGUCAUACCAAGGAGUUUGGCCACGUUAUUUUUCUCAGGCUCAUGGAGAGCAAGCAUCAGUAUCUUCCUGUCUACAUCGGGGACACCGAGUCAAAUGCUUUGGAGAUGCAGCUCAACCAGAAGCGCUCGGCACGGCCUCUGACUCACGAUUUCAUGAAGGUGGCUCUGGACACGUUGGGAUUCAGGGUCACGAAAGUGUGCGUGACAGCGUUGGUAGGCAACACCUACCUGGCCCGCGUACACCUGUCACCUUCAGGUAGGGACGCCAGCGCCAAGGAGGUGGACAUCGAUGCCAGACCCUCGGAUGCCAUCAAUCUGGCGAUGCGCUUCAAUGCACCGAUGUACGUGAGCAAGCAGGUGGCCAACAAGAUGGGCAGCUCAGCGCAUCAGUUUGUGGAGAGCCCGGAGAGCCACCAGGAGAUUCAGCGCAGCUGCCGCAAUGCCAAGCAGUCCUACCACGACCCCACCGUCAUGCAUCGCCUUAACCUGCAAGUGGCCAUCGCUGAGGAGCGCUACGAGGACGCCUGCAUGAUUCGCGACCAGGUGGACAAGAUGCUGGCCAGGGACAGGGCUCUGAGCCUCCUGGUUGCCAUGGAGUCUGCACUGCAUGACAACCGCUACGAGGAGGCUGCUCGCCUGCGAGACUUCUUCCUGGCGCUGACAUCGCAGCAUAAAGCGCAUGCGGUUGAAGGCCUUAAAGAGGCCUGACACGUCGGCCAUGGUUGCUCAAGCGCAUGGAUUGCGUUGGCGCAGUAGCACUCAACCAAGCAGCCAGAGUCGUGCACAGCGGCUUGCGCGUGUAGUGCACACUCCGGCUGUGGCCUCCAGUUGGACUGUAAAACAGGCAGCACAGUGGAUGCUGCCGUAUCCAUGCAUCCUCUUUUUGAUUCUCGCUGUACACUAUGGUACUUUGGGAACUGGGUUGGUCUUUGUUCAGUUUGACAAUAACAUAAGGCAGUACAUUGGCAGAGCACCGCUGGCACCUCUUUUUGACUGUACACUAUUUUGGAGAAGAACAAUGUUGCAAACGUAAAUUACCAAUUUUGAAGCGCUGCUCAUAUUAGCCGUACUUGCUGUGCUUGCUGUACUCCGGUGAGUCAAGAUUGCUCAUCCGCUGAACUGGGUAGUGAGCUCGUGUACUUGAAUAUUGUCCAUAUGCAGGCGCCCAGUGCACAUUUUAGAGGGUAUGUGUCAUCAGAAAGCAUGAUGCCGGCCAUGGGAUCAUGGCCAUAAUGCCUGUACAAACAUUGGCCAACUCGUAUGCAGAGUAGAUAUCGCGUUGAUGUCACAGUGUAAUGGGACUGCUAGAUCAGCCACUGUUAGAAAUUACCGUGAAGCACAUUUGGUGCGCAAGCUUUCUCUAUUGCUCUAGGCGAACAGAUUGGUGAGGACAGGCUUGCAGCUCAUUUGUUAUUGAGAGUAUAUACCAUGCAUUCCAUCAUGUAAGCAGUUGCCGAGAUU